GUCUCAGGGAGGAGGCUGGCCCGCUGCGGAGGUCCUGCUUCCAGAGGGCUGAAGGUCGAGGCAGGUCACUCCUUACCAGAGGAUGAGUUCUGCUCGGAGGACUGGUCUUUUGCUGUGCUAACAGAUGGAAGGGGGCUGCUCUAUCAUAGAAUCAAAGGGGCUCAUUGGCCACAUGGAGAGCAGCUCGGUGAAGACCAGGACCCCCUCAAUCCCCCUCCCGAAAGAUGUUCGGAAUGUCGUUGAGGGAAUCCUCUUCUCUCCUUCCCCUGCUCUGGACUUGAGCCAAAGAGGCCUUGAACAUCUAAGUGAGGAAAUCUUCAAAAUCCCUCAUCUGAAACAAUUGCAUCUUCAAAGAAAUGAACUCAUCAUAAUUCCUAAAGAUUUCUUUCAGCUCCUGCCAAAUCUCGUUUGGCUGGAUCUCCGGCAUAAUAAAAUUAAAGCGAUUCCUUCUGGGAUUGGAUCUCACAAGAAUCUGAAAACUUUGCUUAUGGAAAAGAAUCCCAUAAAAACAUUGCCAGUGGAGCUGGGGAACUUGGCAUCGCUGAAAGCCCUGAAUCUGCGGAGCUGCCCUCUGGAAUUCCCCCCCAGAGACGUCAUCCGGAAAGGCCUGCUGAGCAUCCUGGCCUUUCUUCGCAACUGGGCCCAGAGGCAGGGCGCUGUCGCCGCUGCACCGUGUCAAGAAGUUGUACCAGUGAAAAAGGUGAACCCGGAAGCCAAACGUGGUGCCUCCAACGAGGAGACGUUGCAGAAUGAUCCAGAAGAGAAGGGAUGUCUUUUUCCACAUGUGGAAGCGUUGAACUUAGCUGAGGUCACAGAGCCAAGUGUGGAUUUUUCUGAGGAUUGUUUCAAUGAGGAAGAAAUGAAGCAGUUCUGGAAGCUGAGGCAGGAAAUAGUCUCUAGCGAAAAAGCCGAAAUGCUCGCAAACCAGCUCCUGCCCCUUCAGCUGCCUCUCAGCCUGCAGAGCAGCCACGUGAAGGAGCAUGUUCAGAAACUGAAAGACAGGGUCAGGAUUCCACUGAAAAAAAUGUAUAAUUCUGGAAGGAAAAUCUCUUCAUUCAAGAACAUGUUUCCUGAAAUUCCAUCCUAUGAGACAACAGUUCGAGCCAAGAAAGACGAAGAAAGACGAGUAGCUGCCCUCAAGGAGCUAAAAGAGAAGCAAGCUUUAAUAGAGCAGCGGAAAAGAGAUAAGAAAAUGCUCCAGAAAUGGCGAGAGCAGGCCGACGCAAUGAAGAAAGAGAAGGAGCGCCUUGUGAAUAGGCAGCAUCCCCCAAAGGACACGGUAUUAAAAAAAGCACCAUUUGCAACCGACCCAGUGGAGGAGAAGAAGACAUUCAGUUCCCUCGAAAAAAAGAGAUCGAUGCAGUUAAAGCUGACGCAGGAGCAGGAAGAGCUCAGGUCGGUCACUCACAGGGAGAUAGAAGAGCGUGUCAAGCUUCACAUGGAGGCCUUACACGAAAGAAGGAAGAAAGCCAAAGGGACGCCUCAGGAGGAGAUCCUGAAAGCUGCCCAUCACUUUGGCGUUGCCAAAAAGCUGCGUGACGACGUGCGCCAGAGAUACCUGGACCGCGAGCUGCGGAGAGAGUAUCGGUUCACAGCUUUUACUGGAGAUGCCACUCGCCAGCUGCCCACGUCACAGCCCCAUAAUAUAUUUUUUAACACAAAAUUUUAGGGAUCAAGGAGUUUAUAACCGAAGCUGUUCGUGUCAUUGCCUCCCUCACCAUCCCUGGAGCGCUU